GUGGUGCGGAGUUCCGGAGAGCCUUUAAGAAUUCCCGGAGCCGAUCCUUUGCCGCGGCGACGGCCUUGGAGGCGCACCGGAUCUCCAAGCACGUGCAGGCGUUUGACGGCAAGACCGCGCUGCCGAGUGCUGUGCGGAAGAAGGACACGGAACUACAGCCGGUCUUGCAGAUGAAUCUCGUCCACGAAGUUGUAGAUCAUGAUCACGCCUCUUCUGCAUCUUCUCGAAACAACAAUCCUUUAGACGCCGAUCCCGGGUCGUCGAGUAGCAGCUCUACUACCUCGCGGGCGGAGGCGGAGCCUCCCAGUGGUGCGGAAGAAGUAGACCACGAUGAAAAGAACUACGCGUUGCAAGAAGCACCACCGCGGAUCAACGUCCUGGGAGGAGGUGAGAGCCGGAGCAAUAUUAAACAGCAACACGACGGCUACGGCACGUCAGACGAUGACGAGGAUGAAAAUGACAGUACCAGUAAAGAACAGCAAUUAUCUGGUCAGCAGCAACCGCUGUUAGACGAUUCCUCCGCGGACGAGGACGAGAACAAAGACGCGUUUCCAGCCCCAGAUGAGAGUAGUACAAAAAACGCAAUUUUGAACCUGAACAGCCGGGCCAGCAUGCUGGCCGGCGGUGCUGGUCUUGGAACCUCGUCAGCGGACGAUAGGGGUAGUGGUCACGGUAUCAAUUCAUCCGGGAAGAUGAACAAUAAUACGAGCGGCAACGCUGGGAAAUCGGCUUUCCGCACUUCCAAAUCGCAAUCCUUUUGCUUCCACCGCGGGUCUGUCAGUCUCGACCGG